UCGGUCAGAGCGCCUCGGUCUAUCAGUGUCCUGGCAGACGCUACAUCGUGAGGUUGGUUUUAUUUAUCGUUGCUGUGGUGGUGGUGAAUUCAUCAUCGUUCGGGAUUUACUUAAGGCUUCGUCCUUUCUUGCCUGUUUUCUGGAGAAGAAAAAAGCAAUCAAAGAUGAGGUGGACCCGUGACAGAGCCGUCGACGUCAUUUUCUGGGGCGGCGUCAGCUGCCUCCUAGCGUACAUACUCGGCCUUCAGUGUCCGCUGAAUUUCUGGCUGCUACUGACUAUCAUCUGGGCCACAAGUGCUGGCGCCUACUUGUACUUUUCAAGUCUCAUGCUUCCGACGGAGAUGAAAUGCGUCCUUAUCACUGGAUGUGACACUGGGAUUGGAUACGCGUUGGCUCUCCAUCUCCACGACCAGGGCUUCCGAGUGUUCGCCGGCUGCCUGCUGGCGGAUACGGGCGGGGAGGGCGCCCAGCAGUUACGAAGGCUGGGCUCCAAUCGUCUCCACGUUCUCCAGAUGGACGUCACCCAGCAGGAGCAGAUAGAAGACGCCCUGCUGCAGACGAAGAAACUCAUUCCUGACGGAGAGACACUAUGGGCGGUGGUCAACAACGCGGGCGUCACGGCCUUCGGGGAGGUCGAAUGGGUGUCCCUGGACACCUACAGAAGGAUCACGGACAUUAAUCUCUUCGGGCUCAUAGGCGUGACCAAGGCCUUCCUCCCCCUCGUCAGGAGGUCGCAGGGUCGAGUCGUGAACAUAGCCAGCGUAUGUGGGCACAUCACGCGGGCUGGUCUGUCUCCUUAUGUUCUCUCUAAAUUCGCUAUGGAGGGCUUCAGCGACUGUCUCAGGCAUGAAAUGAAGCCCUGGGGUGUAGAUGUGUGUAUAAUCGAGCCAUGCAACUAUUCGGCCGCAACCCAGAUUACCACAGAGGAACUGGUGCUAAGACAAGGGGAUGCCAUGUGGAGCAAUAUGGACGACUGUGUCAAGGAAGAUUAUGGACGGGAAUACUUCGAUUUCGUUGUAAACAUUGCAAAGAUGCAUUGCAACAGUGGCCUCAGCGACAUUCGACCAGUCUUAGAUUCCAUCACUGAGGCUGUAACACAAAAAUAUCCAAGAGCAAGAUACAGACCAAUUACUAAUUAUUACUUCGUCAAAUUGUUUAUAGCCACGCACUUACCAGAAUGGGUCUUCAGCUUCUUCUACACGUCUACGAAAAGGAGACUUACGAGAUGAUGUAUUAAUUAAUAGAUUAACGUCUAGGAAAUAGAAUUAUUUUUAUUUUUUGGCAAAGGUUGUUUUACUUUCCUUGUCAGGUUAGU